UAGUCUUGAUCAGGGGGUUUCAAUACAGGUCUAUGUAUAUUUAUCUCAUUGUUACAUUUAGAUGGGCUGUAUUAACUGAAUAAAUAACUAUAUUACAAUAUGUGUAGAAAAUAAUUCAUUUUUUUUUUUUUUUUUUUUUUUUAGAAAAUAAUUCAUUAGGGUAGUUUUUCUUAAUGAAAUCAUUAAAACAGUGCCACGUUUUUAUUUUCAGGCAUAGCUCUAGAUGAUAGAUCCACUUAUGUACAACGCACCUACUCAUAUAUCUAAAGAAAUUACUAUGAAACGGCUAUAUUUAUUAAUUAAUUUUUUUUUGCGGUGUGAUUGAAGUUUGGGUCGACAUGUCAUGUUCUCGGGUUUCGUCUAGAAGGUGAAUCACCAAUCUAUUUAUAAACCGGAACCCGCGUUUCGUCACGAUUUAUUGUGUACAUCUACAGUGCGCAUGUGUUGUAAAGUCAAACUUCCUUGUUAUUAGUUGUUAAAAAAGAAGGGAUGAGAAACUGAACCGACAGACGUAUUUUACUGGAAAAGAUUAAGCCUAGUUUUUGAUUGGUGUCAGUUCUCAGGGAAACAAUCUACAAUGCGCACUUUACACGCUGUUCUGUGUUUGAUCGUCUGCUGGACGCCAUGUUUGGCGGUGAUGAGAGCCCUUGAUGACUAUAUUCAGCAUUACGAGGAACUAAGUUACAACACCCAAAAAUUACACAGCAAACACAUGAGGGCAAAAAGGUCAACACAAAACAAAGGACUGGAUCUGAAAUUUAAAGCCCAUGACAGAGAAUUCCAUUUAGAUUUGAAGCCUUCCACCUCCGUGUUUACAGAAAACUUUAGAUCCACCCACAACAAUGGGACAGAGGACCCGGUGGAUUUGUCUAUUUUAUAUGAGGGCUCUGUUGUAGGUGAGCCUGGAAGCCAUGUUCAUGGGGCGGUCAUUCUGGGAAUAUUCCGGGGGACAAUUCGUAUCCCUGGCGACACACUCUACCAUAUUGAGCCAGCUUAUCGAUUUUACGGAUUAAAGGAGGCACAGAAAUUAUCAUACCAUUCUGUAAUUUACAAAGACGAACAUGUCAACUUAGAUCCGUACAGACACAAACGUGAAGUUGACGCAGAGGCUGGGCGAUGUGCAUUCGAUAACUUCCGCAACUGGAUGGUGCAUCAAACUGAAGCAGAGGUUAACAUACGACAAAAAAGGGCUUUUUACAGUAAAAAAGAAUCAUUUGCGCACAAUAAGUACUCGGCAGAAUUUAACGACGACAGACAUCGACGAGCUGCAAGAUCCGGAUCGUGCAGUCUGGGCACCCAGAACACGUGCAUCUUGUACAUGCGGUCUGAUCCAACACUGUUUAACCGAUUUAAAAGUGAUCUCAAUGGGAAUGAGAACGCUGCCAGAGAUGAGAUUCUCUCAUUCUUCGCCAGUCACGUCAGUGCUCUGAAUGAAAUUUAUGGGCGGACUAAGUUCGAACCAUUGACAGGGAAAGCUGGGUCAUGUUUUCAAGGAGUUCAGUUCCAAAUUCAACGCACGACGAUAAUGACUGACCAGACGGAGAACUGCUCGAAUGUUCUUAAGAAGACUGCCUUCUGUCAGCCGAACAUUGACGUCAGUAAUUUCCUGAACCUGAACUCGCUGACCAAUCAUGACGCAUUUUGUCUGGCCUACAUUUUCACCUAUCGUGAUUUUUCCCACGGUACCUUGGGGCUUGCCUGGGUUGGAUCUCCAUCAGCAUCAGCAGGGGGCAUAUGUGAGAAGUUUAAAUCGUACACCGAGGGGAACCAACAAGUGAAGAAAAGCCUGAACACUGGGAUCGUGACGAUCAUCAACUACAACAAACGCGUGGCUCCGCGCGUCUCGCAGCUCACCUUCGCUCACGAAGUCGGACACAACUUUGGAUCACCUCAUGACGACGGCCAGGAAUGUGCUCCGUACGGGACAGGAAGCUCAGGUUCGAAUAACGGGAACUACAUCAUGUUUGCAAGCGCCACCCAGGGAAACCUGGCGAAUAACGAUGACUUCUCGCCCUGUAGCAAAGACAACAUCACUUAUGUCAUAGACGCUGUCUCCAACAGUCGCAACGGCAAGGUCAACUGCUUCACUCAGUCUAAUAUGGCGUUCUGCGGUAACGGAAUCGUGGAAGGUGAUGAAGAGUGCGACUGCGGCUACCUGGAAGAUUGUAACGAUAUCUGUUGUAAUCCACGACUGACAGGAAAUCAGAAUACGAACGGAUGCACGCGGAAAAUAAACCCGAGCACGAACCAGAAGUACGAGUGCAGUCCGACACAGGGACCCUGCUGCAGCGCCACCUGUAGUUUUGUUCAGAACCAAGCCCUGAAAUGUCGAGCUGAAACUGACUGCAUGAAGGCGCAACUUUGCAAUGGGAUCACUGCACAGUGUCCAGAUUCCGUGAAGGAGCCGGACCUCAAGAUCUGCAACGACCACAGCCAAGUGUGUCUAGACGGGUUCUGUACUGGUUCCCUGUGCCUGGCAAUCAAUAGUUCUAAUGGUAACAGGAGGGAAUGGGAGGAAUGCUUCAUCACUAAGUCAGGGGACCUCACUGUGGCCCAGAAAGAGGAGUUGUGUAAUCUAGCCUGCAGGAGGAUAAAUUUCACAGCGUGCUACGCCUCUUAUUCCAAGGACAACGGCGUCUUCCCCCCGGAAUUUAAAAAGUUGUUGGAUGAAGUAAACCGCCUAAAAGGGUCCACUGGAGGGUUAAAGCUACCAGCAGGUUCACCCUGUAAUAAUUACCAAGGUUACUGUGAUGUAUUUUCCCGUUGCCGUGGUGUUGACAAUGAAGGACCAUUACAAAGGUUGAAAAAUCUGAUCUUCAGCGAAAAAACACUGAGCAACAUUAAGAACUGGAUAAUUGAAUAUUGGUGGGCUGUGAUGUUAAUGGGCAUCGGAUUAAUCCUGUUCAUGGGACUCUUCAUUAAAAUCUGUGCUGUUCACACACCCAGCUCCAAUCCGAACGCAAAACCAGCGCAGAAAUUUGGAGACACUUUACGACGCAGGCGGAGUCGUCCACAGCAAUAUAGAGCUCAGCAGAACUCGGACAGUCGUGGGCCUUUACUAAGUGGCCCCUCGGGACCCCCACCACCAUACUCAGCUCAAGGAGGCCCCCCACAGGGACAUCGAAAGGGUGGGGCUAAAAGUGGAAAGUAUAAUAACUUAGAGAUGCGGAAAGUCUGAGCAGUGUGUGUCUAUAAGUUAUUUUUAUCAUUUAGAUUUGAUGUUUCUUUUCUAAGAAUUGUGUUUUUAUUGAACAAGGAUUCCAGUUUUCAGUGCAGUAUGUACGUAUAUACUCAUUUCCCAAGUGUAAUAUUGAUUUAAUUUUUACAUGUGUUAUGUAUUGUAUGAUAUCGCUGGGUUUAUUCAACAGAUGUUGGAUGAAGGUAGUAUAUGUAACUGUGAAAUGUCAUUAACUGCAGGAUAUUGUAAUGUGUACAGUCUACUCCGCUCAGCGAUGUUUUUCCUUAUAUAACUGGUACCGAUAAACAGUACCACUCCCAAUGCCAAAAACCAUGGAUUUUUCCCAAUUUUGAGACUAAAAAUUCCCAAUUUACUUGCCGAAAAAUAGACCAGCCGCUGACAUCGUAAUUUACUUAGUCUGAAACGUUGUACAAAUUAACUAAAAUGUUCACUUCUGGUAUUAAAUGGAAAGUACAGAUCAUAGCAGUGCGCGUGUUGUAGAGCUACAAAUGAUUCUAAAACGAGCCUACGACGAUUCCUUUAUCUCUCACAACAGCAAAUAUUACCGUAAAAUAGUUUGUAAAGAGAUGACUACUUGUUCUUUUUUUUCUUUUCUUUUAAUUGAAAUCAUUUGCCGAUACUUUGGUAGAAAAUUCCCAAUUUUUUCGAUUUUGAAUCCAUUUUCCCCAAUUGAAUGGGUACCGGUACCAGUACCAAUUGGUAGAAAAAAAUUGCUGCGGCGCUUAUAUUGAAAUCACUUAUAUUGAAUUAUCUGUUAUAUUGAAGUCCUAACUUUGACCUAUCUGUUAUAUUGAAGUCACUUAUAUUGAACUAUCUGUUAUAUUGAAAUUGCCACUAUUGAACUAUCUGUUAUAUUGAAAUCACUUAUAUUGAACUAUCUGUUAUAUUGAAGAAAAUAUAAAUCUCUGGUAACAUUAUGUAUAUGGUUCAACAUUGGUAAUACUGAACUUUGGGUAUAAUGAACAAUUCAGGUCGAUCUCCUCAAUUUCUAUAUAUCCGGAGUAGACUGUACAAUAGAAUAGAGUAUACUCCAAGAACUUGGCAUCAUAAAGACUCUGUUUGACCCUGAAUAUUGACAGUUGUGUUUGUAUUUCGAAACUAGUUGCUAUCCUCAAUUUGACCAAAGCGACCUGAAUGAAGAUAAUUUUUUUCCACUUGCGGUAUCCGGACUUAACGACUUCCAGAAACCGUGGAAACACAAACUGGAGAAAUGUAGAUAUAUCCGAAAAAUUUGUGAGUCUGUGAGACGGAUAAAUUCUUAUCCCUUCUUACUGCUCCAUGCUUUCUGAGGAAAAAACAUUUGUGGCUAUUUGACUUGUGGUUCACAGAAAUUGUAGUGAAAUUUAGAAAUUGCACUGCUUUUUAAGUUGGCAUGUGCCUCAAAUCAAAAUUAAAAUUUAAUCAGUGAUGUCUUUUAUGAAUUAUAAUUUGAUUCUGUUGAUGAAAUAGAAUUGAAUUUGAAGUCCCUCUCCCCCUCCCCCUGAAGAAAGGUUAUAUUAUAUUCAGUCAUCUCUGGAAAUCUCUUCGCAUCGAAAUUGUGUUUUACUUCAAAGUUUAGAUACAAUUCAAGGACACAAAUUUGUUGUAACAUCAGUUUCUCAUCUCUGUUAACAGCCAAAAUCAUAACUUUCAAACCCAGCAUUUACUGAACAUGAUCUGUACAUUGGGUUUCAAUGCCUUAAUGAAAAUACAUAGAAAGAUCUGGAUUUUAAUUUCUUUUCGUUUUCAUUUAAGCCCGAUUUAGAUUUGUGAAAAAUCUCAUUUCAGUAAAAUGCUUAUACCCAUCACACUACAGUAGUUUUAUGUUCUCAUAUUUUUUUUUUUUUUUUUUUUGUGGUGGUGAAAAUAAAUUUUACCCCCCCCCCCCCCCUGAUUAAAAUUUCCCCAUAGGUCAAAUUGAUAGGAGGCAACAGAAAGCAAUCUGUUAUUGCCUUAGUACAUGUUAAUUGUAUUCAGUACCAGAGUUCUCUAUCAUUAAGAAGAGACAUAUUUCAUAUCGGAGUUAGAGUUUCAUUGUAUGUCGAUUGUUUGCAAUGGUGUCUGUUUUAAUUGUGCAGUCUCACAGGUCUAUGAAAUAGAACUGUACAUACCAUUUCAUUGUUCAGAGAUAUUUUAAGUCAUAUGUUAUGUGGUCAUUAAAUGGUUGGCGACUCUCGUACAUGUACAGUAAAAUACGCUUAUUACAAGCAUACUUAAAACAAAUUCACGCUUAUUGUAAAGUUGUAUUUAUUUCCAUUUGAAGAGAAAUUGAUGAAGAGUUUGGUUACAAUGAACUGGUUUUUUUUUUUUCUCUUGGAGAUUUGUUAUAACCGUGUUUCACUGUAUAACAACGUUUUGUUACAGGGAACUGUUUUCUUUUUCUCGGAGAUUUGUUAUAACCAUGUUUCACUGUAUAACAACGUUUUGUUACAGGGAACUGUUUUCUUUUUCUUGGAGAUUUGUUAUAACCAUGUUUCACUGUAUAACAACGUUUUGUUACAGGGAACUGUUUUUUGUUGUUUUUUUUUUUUUUUAGAUUCACUGUAACCAUGCCUUACUGUACCUGUUAAAGUGAUAGUUUCUGUAGAUCCAUACUUUCCCACAAUGCACUGUUGUGUGUAAUUAUCUGGGUACAGAUAUGUAACUUCAAUUCUGUAAAUCCAUACUUUCCCACAAUGCACUGUUGUGUGUAAUUAUCUGGGUACAGAUAUGUAACUUCAAUUCUGUAGAUCCAUACUUUCCCACAAUGCACUGUUGUGUGUAAUUAUCUGGGUACAGAUAUGUAACUUCAAUUCUGUAGAUCCAUACUUUCCCACAAUGCACUGUUGUGUGUAAUUAUCUGGGUACAGAUAUGUAACUUCAAUUCUGUAGAUCCAUACUUUCCCACAAUGCACUGUUGUGUGUAAUUAUCUGGGUACAGAUAUGUAACUUCAAUUCUGUAGAUCCAUACUUUCCCACAAUGCACUGUUGUGUGUAAUUAUCUGGGUACAGAUAUGUAACUUCAAUUCUGAGAAGUAGCCAGUAGAGAUUGUCCUAGGAAAAUCAGGCAUCAAAUUUUAAAUGGGCUUACUACCUGAAGAAAAAAUAAUUGGGUUUGAAAAAUCUUAUUUUGAUUUAUUUUUCUUUGUGUAAAGACUGCUUAAUGCCCUUCAUGAUUGUUGUCAUAAUAGCUGAUGUGAACCCAUUGCAAAAGGCAGUUAACUCAUGCCUGUUUAAAAUUUGUAAGACUCUGUGGGCAAUUUGUCAUUGUACACCAAUAUAGUGACAAUAUGUCAUAUGACACUUGAUAUUAAGGCAGUGUGUCACGUGACAGGUAGACAAUGGGUCAGGCCUGAUCUAUUUGUAGCUACAUAAUCUGUCUGGUGGUGUCACCCAAACAUGUCUGCUAAUGAAAUGUGCGCAUGGCGAACUUUUGUAAUUUAUUUAUAUUUUUUUGUUAUACAGCUGUGUAUCAUAUGUUUAGUUUUAUCCUUAAAAUAUUUAAAUUCAUUGUUAUCCCCACUACCGGUAAAUUGAAUGGUUGUUAAAUUUUCCAGAAAUUGAUUGUAGGAGUGGGGGUAAGUUUUUACGGCAGAUAAUAUUUAUUUUUUGUACACAAUGUUUACAUGAGGUAAUGCGUCAAUGAUCUAAGGCCGAGUUUGAUGAUUACAUGACAUAUAAAAAUGACGGACAGGACAUCGCGGUUUUCUGUAGGAAGAAUUCGGUAUCUGCUAUCUUUAUAAUACUAUUGUGACACAACUCCAUAUUUAUUUUACUCAGAAUGUGUACUAUAUUUAUAUAACAUGUAUUGUCAUUAUAACGUCUAGCAGUGAAUAAACUGAUUGACAGUCCCCUUAGCUCCUCCCAUAUUACGAUUUUCCAUGCCAUUAUAACGUCCGCAGUGAAUAAACUGAUUGACAGUCCCCUUAGCUCCUCCCAUAUUACGAUUUUCCACGCCACUUCCCGCUUUAUUUCACUGUUGACGUCAUCAAACGAUAAGGACACCUGUUAAUCUUUCGCUUGGAAUCUCCACUUUACAUCAAUGAUAUGUUUAUUUCGUAUUUCGUUAUAAAUUUAAAAUGUAUAGGAUUUGUAGGUAAAUACUGUUAUGUAACACCCCCCCCCCCCCUCCCUAUGUGCUUGUGAUUUUCGUGAGCCAUUUGACCUCCUGGCCUUAAUUCUGAUUCAAGACCACAGUAAAAUUAACUGAUUGUGUGGCAUUAGGUUUUAUAUUAUUGUGUCGUUUUAAUUUUCGUUUAUUGGGUUUUCAGAAAUCUUGUUGAGUUGGUGCUUAUUAUUUUUUUUAACGUUUCCUGCACCGUUAGGUUUGAGAUAUAUUUUACUGCAUUCGUUUGUAUUUAUGUGAAAUUGUGUAGAUGACAAGGAGAGGUUUCCAUACCGUCAUGUGUCAACACUGUCGCGUGUCUAUAAUGUUGAUAACUCAUUAAGUAUGUAAUAGAGAUUAUUCUUUCAUUUAUAAAUUCGACCACAUUAAGAUUUGCAUUUGUGCAUCCGAAAGAGAUUUGCCGUCAAUCAUAAUGUUUUACAUGAAUAAAUUAUGUAUUAAUAAAAA